GAGUCGGUGCAUCGGCAGUGGGAUUUGGCGCGAAUUUUCCCAUAAGAAAUUCGCUGUCAUCUGAAGAAAAGGCAAGAUUCUCACUUCCAAGAGGACGAUUCCCAAAGACGGCCAACAGGAUCAAAGAAAGGUGACGCCAAGCCAAAGUAACAGUUUAUCGGUGAAAGUCUGUGGCGAAGGUUUGCAGGUUCUAGUUUGAAGAAGCUUCCCGGGGUAAAAAUGUCCCAACCGACGGUCGCCGCAUAUUUCAACACGCGAAAGCGUCCGGCAGCUGUUGGGAGCGAUGCGGGUGUUGCCGCGGCCAUCCGGUCCAAGAAUGCCAUCGCAGACGCCGGAACGACGACGACGGAAAAGAUGGCCGCAACGCCGGAGACACGACGGGUUACGCGGGCGACGCGGUCCAUCAAGCGCAUCGGGGCGGUGACGGUGGACGAGAAGACCCGGGAGAUGCUGGAGCAGCCCAAGCUGGUAAAAUUCUUGAAGAUGGGAAUGCUUUCGCCGAAGAAGCGUCUGCAGGCCAGUCCGGCCAAGGCUAAAUCGGCGACACCGACCAAGGCGGCGUCCCAGCCGGUGGCGUCGGCUAAAGUUGAAUUCGGGGCUGCUAACAGUGCCGGGAAUGUGGACCGGGGGAUGAAAACACCGACGAAGGUGGCGCCGGUUCCGGUGGCCGGUCCCAGCGUGAGCGAAAUGUCCAUGGAUCAGAUCAAGGCGAAGCUUAGCCGGAGCGCGAGACUGGCCGAGCUGAAGACCUCGCUGAACAAGCUGCAGAGUGGGUUCGACAAGCUGGACCGGAUGGAGAAGGUACGGCUGGAGGAGACCAGGAAGAAGCCGGUUCCGCCGAGCCCGGGGACGGCGGCCAGGAAUUUGAAGGAGUUCCAGACGCUGGAGGUGGAGGUGCCGGUGAGCCCACAAAAACCGUUCGCCUCGCCCACCAAAAUGCUGCACCGCACUCCGACCAAGGCCAACCACAGCUCGCUAAUGUCCCCGCAGAAAUCGGCCGUCACGCCGAAGCGCCUGGCCGCGUUGAUGAGCCCCAUCAAGUCGCCCUCGAAGGCUACCCCGGUGACGGCCAGCCCGACCAAGGUGCCGGCCUACCAGCGGUUCCAAACGCUGGCGGAUUCGGGCCGUCCGGCGCUGCAGCUGCCGUACAAGUACCGCUGCCUGGGCGAGCUGUUCAAGUGCAUUGACACCGUCUGCGCCAUGUUCCACAACCGGAAGGAGCAGAUCACGUUCCGGAAGCUGAAGCCGGCGGUGCAGCGGAUGGCGCGGAAGAACUUUUACGAGAGCCAUUUGGCGCAGAUUAACACGCUGUUUCCGGAUGCGUUUUUGCUGAGCCAGGAGAUGACGAAGAAUUACGGGUCGGCGACGAAGCAUGAGACGUACCAGUUGGUCAUCAAGCCGAAUGUGGAGGAGAAGGCGACGAAGCCGGUUGAUGAUGAUUCGAAUGUGAUUAGGAAUGCGCAGAACACGUCGAUGAAUCCGCAGAUCUUGAUCGAGCGUUGCCAGAAGUUCAACAGACUGCUGCUGGCCAAGGCUAAAGAUGCCCACGAGAAGUUCUUGCUUGCACUGGAUCCUCCGAUGAGAAUUCCGAAGGAAAAGUUGACCCGUUGGCAUCCGGAGUUCGACCUGGAAAGCUGCCCGGAUAUUGCACAAACGCCACUUCCCCUACCUCCGAACGUGGAGCGUUUCUCGUCGGCCAAGGACGUCCUCUCGACGGCGCGCAACCUGUUCAACUGCGGAACCGCCAUGGAACGUGCCCUGGACCGUCUCGAGGAGAAGAAACGCCAAGAAUCAACUGUGACCUCCGACGCGACUCCAACCCCAACCGAACCACCCACCAAGACUGACGACCCCGUCCAAUCGGCCCUCAAAAACGUCCCCAAAUCCCUCCUCGAGAAAAUCCGCGCCAAACAGGCCGCCAAAGCGCUAGACCAAAUGACGCGACGACCCUCCCAGGAAAAGGAAGCCAUCACGUACGGACGCCUGCCGGAAAUCGCACGCCACCUGCGGAACGUCUUCGUGACCGAGCGCAAAAGCGUCCUCCCCCUAGAAGCCGCCCUCGCCAAAAUCGAAAACAGCUACCGAGGAAAGCUCACCCUGCGAGACCUCGAGGAGCACCUGAAGAUCAUGGCCCAGCUGGUGCCGUUCUGGCUCACGCUGACCGAGGUCCGCAAGACGAUGUACGCCAAAAUUUCCAAAGACUGCGACCUCGGCAAGGUGGUCACGCUGCUCGAGAAGAAGGCCAACGAGACGCUCAGGUGUUGAGGGGGCCGCACUUUUAUUGCUGCUUUUUUUAGGAAACCAUUUGACCAUUUACAGUUUAUAUUUUCUUUUUUUCAUCUUUGCUGAAUAUUAUUAUACAAUUUUCAUUAAUGAAGGCCAAGAAAGACACGAAAUGCUGUACUUUUUGCGUUUACCAUGAAUCAUUACCAGUUGAUUGUUAGUUUUAUAAUUAUCCAAUUGCAUAUUUUACCAUUAAUAACACUUUUGGAUUAUUUGUGUUUGUGUGUGUUUCACUAGGUUAGUUAAGUAGUUAAUGCGCUUCAUUAUA